AUGGUUGCUUUGAUCAAUAAAUUUAAGUUGAAGAUUGUCGGGAUUGUGGAGUCUAGAGUUAAUGAGAGUAAUUUUAAUAAAGUGUGGUUUUGUUUGUCCAAUAAAUUACAGAAUUGGGAUAUAUGCACCAACUAUGCCUGUUCUUAUAUGGCUAGAAUUUGGGUUAUCUACAACAAGGAUUGUCUGAAUGUUUGGAAAGAUCUUACUAUUUCUUUCAUCUAUGGCUCUUAUAUUUCUUCUGAGAGAGUAGAGCUUUGGGAUAAUCUUAAGAAUCUUGCUGAUAAUGUUGAUUGUAGCUGGAUGGUCGUUUGUGAUUUCAAUGCAGUUAUGAAUGACACCAACAGAAUUGGGGGGAAUGCAAUUGAUGUUCAGGCUGCUGAAGAGUUUAUGGAUUGCAUUAGAUGUUGUAAUAUUAUUGAAAUGAGGAGAACUAGAAAUAAUAAUAACCAAAUUGGUGAGGAGAGGAUUUGGAAGAAGUUAGACUGGUGUUUUGUUAAUGACAAGUGGCCAGAUGCUUUUGUGAAUGUUCUUAGUCCUGGUGUGUCGGAUCAUAGCCCUAUGGUGGUCAACCUGGAUAAUUGUUCUCAUAUUAGAAAGUCCCCUUUCAGAUUUUUUAAUGUGUGGAGUGAAGAUUCUAAAUUUAAUUCUAUUGUUAAUAGAGGCUGGAAUAGAGCUAGCUCUGGGUGCAAAAUGUUUAGAAUUGUGCAAAAGCUCAAGUGGCUUAAAUCUGACUCCAGGGAGCUGAAUAAAGAAGAAUGGGUUUGCUCCAAGUAUUUGCUGAAAUUGAUGGCCUGGGAGGAAAAUAUUCUGAGACAGAAGUCUAGAAUGAAUUGGAUAAAGCUUGGGGAUCAGAAUAAUAAAUUUUUUCACAAAAGUGUAAAGAUGAGACAAUCCAGACUGAAGAUUAUAAAUCUUAAGCUGAGCAAUGGUGAGAACUCAGGGGAUAUUGAUGUUAUUAAAGUUGAUAUUCUCAAUCAUUUUAAAAGGUUUUUGGGUACCAAGAAUGAAAUGGGAGCAAAUUUUAAGUAUGAAGUCCUCAGAGAUGGCCCUAUUAUUACUGAGGAAGAAAGCAGCAGUAUGACUAUUCCUGUUUCUAAUGAUGAGAUCAAAAGAAGCUUGUUUUUAAUCAAUGAUGAGAAAGCCCCAGGCCCUGAUGGAUUGGUUAGAGUGAUUAGUAGGCUUAUUAGUCAAACUCAAUCUGCUUUUGUCCCUGGUAGAAGUAUUUCUAAUAAUAUCUUGUUAGCCCAUGAGAUUAUUGGGGAUUAUCAUAGGAAAGACAAUAAUUCCCGUGCCAUUAAAGUAGAUAUCCAAAAAGCAUAUGAUUAUGUGAGUUGGGAUUUCAUUGAAGAGAUCCUCAUAGGCCUUAAUUUUCCUUAUAAGUUUAUCAGCCUUGUCAUGUCCUGUAUUAGAACUUCUAUAUUCUCAAUCAUGAUAAAUGGAGAUUAUGUUGGUUAUUUUCGUGGGGGUAAGGGGCUUAGAAGUCUUUCUAGAAACACCAAGCCUCAUUCCAAUUUUGUCUUCCACAAAAGUUUUAAAGUUAUAAAGCUUAACCAUCUUUGUUUUGCUGAUGAUUUGUUCAUCUUUAGUGGGGAUGAUGAUAAUUCUAUUAGGAUUAUUAAAGAGUCUAUCAGUUUGUUCUCUGAAACUUCUGGGCUUUUACCUGAAUUAAGCAAGAGUUCUGUGUAUUUUAAUGGUGCGAAUAAUGAUAGAAAUAAUACUAUCCUUAAUAUUCUAGGCUUCCAUGAGGUCACCUCCCUGUCAGAUAUCUUGGGUUCCCUUUUGUGUCCACCAAGUUUGCUGAAGACCAUUGCCAUUCCCUCAUUUCUAGAAUCACUGCUAGGAUCUCUAUUUGGUCCUCUAAGUCGAUGUCCUAUGCUGGUAGGUUGCAAAAAUAUUUGCAGAAAUUUCAUUUGGCAUGGGUCUAACUCUGAUAAAAGAAGAGGUCUAGUAAAGUGGGAGAAGAAGCCUUCUAUUUGGGCAACUUGGGUUAAUGCUAAUAAGCUUAAAAGGCUUAGUUUUUUGGGAGUCACAAAACUCAAUGAUUGUUCCUCGAGCUGGAGGCAGAUUCUUAACAUUAGACCUAAAGUGAAGAUUCUAUUUGAUUAUAAGCUGGGUAAUGGGAGGAAAUUUUUCUUUUGGUUUGAUCCUUGGCUUGAUGGGAAGUCUAUCAUUGAGAGAUUCCCUGACUUGACCUUCAAAGAUGCAGAUGUAGCCAAGAAUGCUAAGGUAUACCAUCUUUGA